AUGGGACACAGCUUCAACCGGGCCCACACAGCCACAAACAUCGAGCCGCCGCCGCAGUGGCAGGACAUCACAACUCACAAAUACUGCAAGCGCGUCGACCUCGGUCGCCUCGGCAAGCCCAACAAGGCUCAAAAGUGUGAUGAAUGUCUCGCUGUCAAGGCCGCAUCAUCGAAGGCGAACCAGCGCGACGCGGCAGCCCGUCGCCAGGAGAAGCUCUCGUGGGGUUUGGAGGGUAACGGCGUCGAAUGA